GGGGCCUUCAGCACCGUCCCGGCGUCCCUCGCGCCCCGCACUCCCAUUCCAGUUCCCGGCAGCACCGUGGGCCUCCGGAGCCACCAUCGGCCCGCAGUUGCUAUGGAAACCCGGCUGCCGUAGCUAUGUCGCUACCACGGGCUCCUCCGUCUCGGGUGUUCGUGCAGCUGGUUCCCUGGGCUGACCGGGAACACAACGAAGGCUCCGGGGGAGAAGUGCUGCCCAAUGUCCGGCAGCCGGUCUCCACACAAGAGCAAGCCGUGACCCGGGAGGUGCACGUCAGCGGCACCGCCGAGGUGUCGGCCGGCCCCAACCGGGCGCAGGUAUCGGUGCGCAUGCGCAGCACCAAAGAGGCCGCGGCUGAGGCCAAGAAGAGUGUGGGGCGCCGCCUGGACUACGUCACGCAGAGCCUGCGGCGGCAGGGGAUACAGGCAGAGAAUAUCACCGUCACGAAGGAUUUUACCAGAGUGGAAAACGCCUAUCACCUGGAAGCAGAGGUCUGUAUUACAUUUGCCGAAUUUGAGAAAAUGCAAACGAUUUGUAACCUCCUUGUGGAGAAGCUGGACAGCUCCGUUGUGAUUGGACCACCACAGUUCUAUCACGCCCCGGGUGCUGCUGAGAACCUGCGACGGCAAGCCUGCCUGGUCGCUGUCGAGAAUGCAUGGCGCAAAGCCCAAGAAGUCUGUCAUCUCGUGGGCCAGACCCUAGGGAAACCUUUACUGAUCAGAGAGGAAGAAACGAAAGAAUGGGAAGGACAAAUGGAGGAGCAUUCAUCGUCUGGAUCCUUAAGUUCCCUGACUGUGCAACAGAAAAUAAAAAGUGCCACACUAUAUGCUGCUUCCAAAGUCUUCGUGACCUUUGAGGUGAAGGGGAAAGAGAAGAGAAAGAAGCACCUCCGAAAUUAAAAUACCGUAUACCUUUUUAUCUAUUUUUAUACUUUUAUAAUAUUUCUUUUUGUUGUGAACAUGUGUAUUGAAUAGUAAGCUUUUUUCCUCUGAAAAAUCUGCCACUUCUUAAAUAUAGUCUCGCAGAACACACUUUCGG